AUGUCUCACCAGGCCCUAUCUCACGCCUCUUCCAAGACACCUAUUGGCCUUUACCUCCCGCGUCAGGAGAGACUCGAUCUGACGCGCAUGUCUAAGAGUGAUCUUGUUGGGGGUGCCACCUACCAUUGUGCUCAUCUAACCUUUCUCGAGUGCAACGGUGAGUCCGUCUUUCCAGAUGCAAUCUGCGUGAACCUACUCCUCAACGCCCUCCGCAUCCAUUGGAAAGUCUCUGGCAGAGUCUUGCGCACCCUGGCCGAUCAGGGCAACGAUCUUAUGGAGUUUCUUACCCUGGAAGUUGACAACAAGCGCGUUAUCGCCGACUUGUUCACGGAGGAGGCUAGACACUACCUUCUCGAACGCGAUGGCUCGGAUGCUCUGAUCAUCUUCACUACCGUCAUCCACGACAUCUAUGCUGCUACCUGGUACCGCUGGAGCAAAGAGUUCAACAACAAGCACCUGCAAGCAGGCCAAUUUGCACUCAUCAUCGCUCAUGCUCAAGCAAUCUCGAACCAGCUGAGCAACAAUGUCCUUGCCUUCAAGGACAAGGCUGCUCCAGAACUCAAAAGAUGGGCCGAGCAAACCGCCUCCCGCCAUCUCAUGGCAAUUGUGACCCUUGGUCACUUGCCUUCUCGUCACGUUGCUCCCGCCUUCGUUUCUAGCAACGACAGCUCGGCCCCUGAUUUGAUGGGCGCAAAGUAUAACGCCAACAAC